GCAUUGAGACACUUGAAGUAGUCUGAUAUUAUAAAAUCACAGACUGGUUGAGGCUAACAAGGCCCCCUGUGUGCAGGGUGCUUAGGGCCACGGUCAAGCAGCUGCUGGAGAUCUCCAAGGAGGAGUCUGCACAACCUCUGUGAGCAGUCUGUGCCAGUGCUCCGUCACUCAUGGAACACAGAAGUGUUCUGUCCUCUCUGCACCUUCCCCUCUGGUAUUUAUAGGCACUGAUGAGAUUUCCUUGAGCCUCCUCUUCCCCAGGCUGAACAGUCCCAGCUUUCCAAGCCUCUCCUCGUAGGAGGGAUACUCCUGUCCCUUCACCAUCUUGAUGGCUCUAUAUUGAUCUCUCUGCCGUAUGUCUAGGUCUCUACUGGUGGUCCCAGAACUGAACGCGUUGCUCCUCUUGUGGCCUGGAGCUGAAUUGAAUUAUGACCUGCAUACGGUUAUAAUACCAAAAACUAUUGAGUCAGUAGCACUAGUUAUGCCUUGGGUGCUGUGCUACUGCUGGACAGCCAUGACAGUAGCUGCCUGCCUGACUUGGUGCCCUUUGGAAAAUGUAGACUCAUUUCCAGAGUUUCCUCAAGUGUGGCAGUUUGUUUUGUGGGUGGACUGUGAGUAUCACCCAGUGACUAUUUGCCCAUGUAUUUUUGAAGCCUUUUGGAGGUUACAGGAAAUGAUUUUGUAUUCUCAAAGCCUAAAUAUUCGUGACCCGCCCUGGCUUUCUCAUCGGAUAUGGCCGUCUAGAGUUUGGCUGUUAGAGCACCAUGGCAAAAAACCCCACUCGUGAUGCAAAGCCUGUGGUUCAGAUGCAUGCCAUCUCAAAUCGUAACUGCUGUUUCCAUUCACCAUGUGUGAGAAGGAAGAUGUCAGAAUUGCCUAACUGAAGUACUGUUUCAAGGAAUGUAUUUGAUGCGUAAAUGAAUUCUUUGUGGCCCAGGUUUCCAUCCUGAGUUUGAGUCACUUGGCAAGUUGCAGUGUUGCCAGUGAAGCUUUUGGCAGGGAAGGUAUGAUAGAAAUAGAUUCGUACUUCUUGGGGAAUGAUUGUUAAUGAAAGCCAGAGCGUAAACAUUUUCUGGCUGUUGUGUAGCAAAAUGAAGACUUUUAUCAGGAGAAAGACGGAAUUAGAGGUCAAAAUGCAAAAGAAUUGAGCCCAGAGAGGAAAGACCUGAAUGCAUCUUGUGCUGUUGUUUGUGCAUCUGAGCUUCAUUUCAGGCAAAGUGUUGGUAGGAAUGAGAUUUUCUUGUAUGUUUUCCUCCUUUGACUCUUCAUUUGUUUGGAGAUGCUUCUAAUAUAUGUUAAUUGGGCUGUGCAAAAUAGAGUUUUAUUAAAAUACUUUCAUGACUCAUUUUUUUAAUUAUAUAUUUGGAUACAAUUUGGACUUUUAUUUUCCCCAGCUGUACUUUCUCUCCAGUUAACUGAUAAAUACAGGGUUCACUUUUCAGAUGUUGAUGAUCAACAGUUCCUGUAUUUCUGCUCACUUUCCAAGGCAAGUUGUAAACACUGAUGCACAUUUGUGAAGUUGGGAGCAGUCACUUGGAGUGCUGAGUUUUUCUUUAAAGAACAGAACCCCCAAAUCCUCUGAAACAAUGUCAGCAGUUUGGCGGAGUACUUUAUUUGUGAACUUUAAUGGACAGUAGAUGAUUUGUGGGGCGAGAGGGAUGUAAGAGUACUAUUUAUAAGAUCUUGUAACAAAAUAAAGCAAAUUUGCUUGCUUUUUUUUUUUUUUUUUUUUUCCCUCAUGAUUAACAAUAUUCUUGUAGGAGGGAAACAUGGCCUACAAAAGGGAAUGGGGAUUGUUUAAUCUGGAGAAGAGGCUUAUUGCUGUCCGCAAGAACCUGAAAGGAUUUUGUGGGCAGGUGGGAGUUGAUUUCAUCCUCUGGGUUGCUAGUGAUAGGAGGUGUGGCAAUGGCCUUAAGUUGCACCGGGGAAAGUUCAAGUGGGAUCUUAGGAAAAAUUCUUUGUCUGGAAGAGCAGUCAAGCAUUGGAAUAGGCUGCCUGGGGAAUGGUGGAGUCACCAUACCUACAGGUGUUCAAGAAAUGUGUAGAUGUGGCAGUUUGGGGUGUGGUUUAAUGGGCAUGAUGGCUUGAUGGUUGGACUAGAUGAUCUUGAAGUCUUUUCUAAGGAUAGUAACACUAUGACUCUGGAAGUGUUUAGCUGUCACGAGAAGGGAUCUACUUUGCCUUAGGGUUUUUAACGUUGCUUCAUUAAAGUAUCGUUUCCAUUUACAAGGUAUCUUGAGAUCUGUCCUGUAAUUUAGAAUGUGGAGCAGUUCUCAUGGAGAAUAAUGGUUUGUGGAGACUAAGAAUACAGUAGCUGGACAGGAGAAUUGAUUCAGCAAAAUGUAGCUUUCUAUCUACUGAAGACUUAGUGAUACGAAGAGCCUGGCUGCAGUGUGCUGGGCAUUUUGGCUUGUACUUGAGCACAAAAGAAGGAUGGCAGGUGGUAGGUCAUUCUCCCGUUGUAUCAGUUCUCUGCCGUUACAGAUGUAUUUUCAUUCAUGCAGUGAACAACACUUCAUAAUUUUGCCUCUUCUGUUUUUUUUCCCCCCUUCCUUGUGUGUCAGGAGCAGCAUCCUGCUUACUGUGAAAUUUCAUGGUAGCUGGGAAGUAGAAACUAUUUCUUUUAGCCUCAGUGUUUAUCAGUUUAGGGGUUCAUCAGCUCCCUUUCUCUGCUUAUAAACCAUGUAAGUCCAAACCUGGCUUUCAAAUGUCUUUGCAACGUAUUUACAAUACUUUCUUCAGUAUUUUUUUUUUCCUCCCCUUUCAUUAAGAUGAAUUAGAUGAAUUGCUCUCUUUAAUUGAAUUUCUUUGUAGGAUACUUUUGUAGUGCAGAAAUGGAUUUGAAUCCUUUCAGGGAAGAUUUUGAGCACAAACAUUUGUGCAUGAGUGGCCUUUGAAUGAGUAAGGUUGUAAUAAUGUGUUGUUAUUAGCCAGGGGUUGCAGUACAGGAAGAUGCUCGGAAUUUUUUCCUUGAGUUUGAUUUGGAGCUUAACAAAUUUACACAACCUGAAUUUGUCAGACUUACUUUGGAGUUGGAAAUCUCAUUAGAAAAUAGAAACAAACUGUUGAAAUAAUCUGAGAUGUCUUCUGAAAUACUGCUUUGUGGCUAGCAACGCUUAACACAGCAGGUGUUGUUGGAGGACCCCUGUGAAGAUUGGAGCAGGGCUAAGGCCGGAGCUGGUACUCUGUUGAGGUUAAGUUCGAGACACACUCAGGCAGAAGGUCUCCUUAUUUCUUGGAAUAUGUUGCUGUGCCCAGCCAGCCUUGAGGGGAACCCUUUUUCAUGUCCAGACAGAACCUCCCUAAUGAGAGUUCUCCUUGCCAGCUUCAGUGUUCACUCUGACUUGUAUUGGAGGGCCCUGAAUCACACAUCAUAGGCUAGGGAGAACCAUUUCAGUUCCCAAUGGGUGGAAAUUAUCUGUCCCUCAGACUGCUGCCUGGGUUUUUGCUUCCAUGCUCUGUUCUCCAUGUGUGACUGUGUUUUCCUUUAGGAAGAUGUGAGUUGAACUUGCUAGCAUGAAAGUGAAGGGAGCAACAACUGUAGCAGCUCAAAUGCAAUUUUUAGAACUGCUGAAUUUUUGAUUGGGUUUAUGCACUAAUUUUUCUUUGUAUUGUGGUGGCUGGGCUUAUUCCCUGGGUAGUUUGGAUGUUGUGCAGCACACUGAUAUCCAUCCAGAAAAUAUAUAAAUACAGAUUCAACUUACACUGAAUAGGUGGAUUAAGCUGAAGUCAUUCCUGCUUUCUCUCCAUAAUCUCUUGAGAGAGAUUGAAAAAACAAAACAAACAAAACAACCAAAUUGUCUGAAGGUCAAACUUUAGUGCUAAAACUGUGUUGUUUGUUAUUUCAGAUAGUUGUGUGCAUAACUUCGUUGGAGAGUCCUGCCUUUCACUGCCUGGAUCCUUUUAACAGUGUGCCAAAGAAGGACUCCAUGAAAGAUGACAGAAGAAGUUAUUGUUAUUGCAAAGUGGGAUUACACUGCACAGCAGGACCAAGAACUUGACAUCAAGAAAAAUGAGCGUCUUUGGCUAUUAGAUGAUUCCAAGACAUGGUGGAGGGUAAGAAACGCGGCCAACAAAACGGGAUAUGUGCCAUCAAAUUAUGUGGAGCGAAAAAACAGCUUGAAGAAAGGUUCUCUGGUUAAAAAUCUAAAAGACACGUUGGGCUUAGGAAAAACAAAAAGAAAGACGAGCGCGCGAGACGCCUCGCCCACUCCCAGCACAGAUGCAGAGUACCCUUCCAAUGGCAGCAGCGCAGACCGCAUCUAUGACCUCAACAUUCCUGCCUACGUCAAAUUUGCCUAUGUGGCGGAGAGAGAGGAUGAACUGUCCCUUGUCAAAGGGUCUCGGGUCAUUGUCAUGGAGAAAUGCAGCGAUGGCUGGUGGAGAGGGAGCUACAAUGGACAGAUUGGCUGGUUUCCUUCGAACUAUGUGGUGGAGGAAGUUGAGGAGGCCACAGCAGAUUCACCGAGCUUUCUGAGCUUGAGGAAAGGCGCUUCCAUGAGUAACGGCCAGGGCACCAAAGUACUCCACGUUGUUCAGACACUGUACCCAUUCAGCUCCGUCACAGAAGAAGAGCUCAAUUUUGAAAAGGGGGAAACAAUGGAAGUCAUUGAAAAGCCAGAAAAUGACCCAGAAUGGUGGAAAUGUAAAAAUUCCAGAGGGCAAAUUGGUCUUGUUCCUAAAAACUAUGUAGUAAUCAUUAGCGAUGGUCCUACCAUUAACACUUCCCACCCACCUCAGAUAAGCUACACGGGACCAUCUUCUACCGGACGAUUUGCUGGAAGAGAGUGGUAUUAUGGGAAUGUUACCCGACAUCAAGCAGAAUGUGCCCUAAACGAAAGGGGAGUGGAAGGAGACUUCCUUGUUAGAGAUAGUGAAUCUUCGCCCAGUGACUUCUCGGUAUCUCUAAAGGCAUCGGGGAAGAACAAACAUUUCAAGGUGCAGCUCGUGGACAAUGUCUAUUGUAUUGGGCAGCGUCGCUUUAAUACUAUGGAUGAGUUGGUGGAACACUACAAAAAGGCUCCCAUCUUCACCAGUGAACACGGGGAAAAGCUAUAUCUUGUGAAAGCACUUCAGUGACGAUGAAGAUGGACUUGGCCACCCAGGCCUCUUCUAACUUCCAAGCCUUAGGUCCCAAAAUCACUUUUAUAGAGCAGAGCAAUAUCCGAAACAGGCUUAAAGAGUAGGCUCUUUCUAACGUGUUUGCUCUGUUGGUUGUUAUUUGUCCUUUUUCGUUUGCCUACUUUUGUGUUUCAGUUCUUUUAAUCUCAGAUCACCUCCCUUCAGGUUGAGAAGUUCACCUUUGUGGCCAUUGUAAGCACUCACUUCCAUGUCCGAGUUCUAAACUCCCCUCUUCUGUGUACGUUUACAUACUUAGCUCGGAUAAAGGAGGGGGGUUUGCAAUUCAACCCAGUGUUAACCUGUUCAAAUUGCUCACGCAGACAGACAGAACUCUUCAUUAAGAGACAUCGGGCACAGUUUGAAUGCACUGAGGCUGCAGCUAAGUAAGUGAGAUAUAGUAGACAUAACAGUUGUGGCUGUGAGUUCUGUAGCUAUAUUGCUUACCAGGUAGUAUAUUACAAAAACUCCUAGUUCCUAGAAGCACUCUUUACACUGUACUCUGCUAUUACAUUGCCUCUCUGACUCUUUGCAAAGAGUACACUAAUUAAAGCGUUUUGUAAUAGUACUUCUUAAACUACUAUGGUAAGAUUGUAGUAAAAGAAAACUAUCUAGUGUAUUUUGGUCUGUAAUUGCAACAAAGAGAAAUUUUAUUUGAAAGUUGAUUACUAAAGAGAGAAUCGUUGAAUUGUAAAGACUGAAUGUUCUGGUAAUCUACAACCAAAUGUGCCAUCCACAUAAUGCUUUUCUCCUCUUGCCCUUCUGCUUGUUUGAAUUAAACAAUUAUGUAUUUAAUUCUCAAAGUAAUAUGUAUCUGUAGCUGAUUGUUGACACUAAUACAGAAGAUUAAUAAAAACUGAUCAGGGGACAGGGUGGGGUGGGCUACCAACACUAUAUAUAUAUUUGCUUUACAGAAAGGAAUCUUCAGGUUUUACAGAGGAUGGUGUGAUUGGUAGGAAGAGACACACAGAAUGUUUAUGAAGAAAAUGCUUUUUUUUUCUCUUUUCUUUACAUUUAAACUCCUUUAUGGUUUAAAUAUGCAGACUUUAGAUGGCACACUCCUGAGAUUGAAGAAGGGAUCUUGAGAUCUCAAAAUCUUGCAUACUCAGUUUUUUGGAUAUUGUAAUAAAAAAGGUAUUAUGUCA